AUGGCGAGUGGUUCGUCGGCGACGCCGGCUGGCGAUCAAGGGGACGGGCCACUCGAGCAACCCAACCCUCAGCAUCAACAAGGCGCCCAACCUCAGGAACCGUCCGCUACAGAAGUAUUCUCACCCUCUGAGGCUGCAGAGGCCCCCGAAACAUACGAGGCAACCCACGUGCACGCCGUCUACGAGGCCAUCGCGCCGCACUUCUCAGCUACCCGCCACAAGCCCUGGCCUCGUGUCGCCAGCUUCCUCCAAGCCCAGCCGCCCGGCAGCAUCGGCCUUGACGUCGGCUGUGGCAACGGCAAGUACCUGCGCGUCAACCCGGCCGUGCACCUGCUGGGCUCCGACCGGAGCCCUGCACUCGUCAAGCUCGCCCGGACCGAGCUGCGGCGGCCUCGUGCUGAUGGCAAGGACGACGACCCAAGGGUCUCGGACGUCGACGUUGCCGUCGCUGAUGGCUUCGCCCUCCCCUACCGGCGGGCUGCCGCCGACUUUGUCAUCUGCAUCGCUGUCGUGCACCACAUGUCCACCCGCGCCCGCCGGCAAGAGGCCAUCGCCGCGCUGCUGGACUGCGUGACCCCCGAGGCCGGCCGCGUGCUCAUCUACGUGUGGGCGCUGGAGCAGGCGUCGAGCCGCCGCGGGUGGGACACGGGCAGCGACCAGGACAGGCUCGUCUCGUGGGUGAUGCGCAAGCCAAAGGGCGAGGAGCCGGGCGGCACGUACCAGCGCUACUACCACCUGUACCGCGAGGGCGAGCUCGAGGAGGACGUCGUGGCGGCUGGGGGCAAGGUUGAGGAGAGCGGCUACGAGAGGGACAACUGGUGGGUGGUAUGUAGUCGGCCGUCGGCCUGA